CAUGGGUCAAACAAAGUGGGGAACACCACUACCCAGGUUUUUUCAGAUUUUGGUGCUGACUUGUCUUCUUUACUUCUCAGUCACCAACCAGGUAACGAAGCAAGUGAACGACAGGGUAGUACUAUCCUGUAAUUACAACAUUUCUGCUGAUGAACUGACAAGAGUUCGCAUCUAUUGGCAAAAAAGUACUGAUGUGGUGCUGACUGUCAUAUCUGGAAAAGUGGACCUGGGGUCCAAGUAUAAGAACCGCACCAUCCCUAACAUCAUCAAUGACCCUUCCAUUGUGAUCCUGGGUCUACGCCCUUCGGACAGUGGUACAUACACCUGUGUCAUUCAGAAGCCUGAAAAAGGGGCUUUCGUAUUGGAACACUUGAUUUCGGUGCUGUUAUUCGUCAAAGCUGACUUCCCUGCCCCAAGUAUAACUGAACUUGGAAACCCGUCUACUCACAUCAAAAGAAUAAUCUGUUCAACCUCUGGAGGUUUUCCAAAGCCUCACCUCUCCUGGUUGGAAAAUGGAAAAGAAAUAAAUGCCAUCAACACAACGGUUUCCCAAGAUCCUGAAACUGAGCUCUACACGAUUAGCAGUGAGCUGGAUUUCAAUGUGACAAAAAACCACAGCUUCUCAUGUUUUGUCAAAUAUGGAAACUUAACAGUAUCACAGACCUUCAAAUGGCAAAAAUCUGAGCCACCACCCCCUCCUUCUAAUCCGUUCUGGAUCUGGAUCUUAAUCUCAGUAUUUGGGUCUAUUAUCUUUGUUACAGUAUUCGUAUGCUGCACAUGCAAAAGAUUUUCUGCAAAGAGAAGGAGGAAUGAGGAGAGCAUAGAAAUGGAAAGGAUCUCCCCUGUCUACUCAGGAUCUAUAGAAGCAUCAGGCUGA